GGCCGUCCUGGUUUUGUCGCUGUUGCAAUUGAUUGCGGUGUUGAGACCACGGAAUGUUGGAAUAGUUAGGGGUUCGAUGUAGCGACGCUGGUGGUUGGUUGGCGAGUUGACGCUCGAACAAUGGACAGGACACAGCCAAACGUGCCUCCAAGAAUUAUCUCCGACAAGCCCAGCAAGCUUCCUGUUAGAAUUUAACUUUCAUACGAACCUACGGGAUAACUCAUCUUCUUCCCAGUACAUAAUCUUAUAGUGAGUGUUGCUAUCUGACAAGCCUUGCGAGCAGCAAGCGACUCUCUUCUACCGAAUUCUCUUGGCUUGUUUGCCCUAGGGCAACACAGCUUCUCAUCAUGUCUCCGCCGGCCCUCAAUCUGGGAUUUCAUGUUUGACCUGUGAGAGGAGUUACUGGAGCCUUUUGGCUUUCAGCCUUUCUUUGGUCAAUGAUCAGCAUCAGUGGCUUACGCUGCGUACACAAAAGUUUGUUUGUCAUAGCUGCGUUCCUUCUUGGGGGUUGUUCUCUGGACCUAUGAGCAUGGCCUCGAUGAGAGGAUUCCUUGACAACAGCCGAGGACGACUUCCCGUAGUUAGCCCUGGCUGAUUCUUCGGGAGGUGGAGUGCGGAAUCCCCGUCAGGAGCUGACGCCCGCGUCGGGCCUGAGGGAGGUCCAUCAAUAUUUUUUUUGAAGUCACAAUUCCUCCUUCUUGAUCCUUGCGCGCCGUGAGGAACAAUUCGCUAUCAAGCCUCAAAAUCGCCGGCGUGCGUAGAUAUUCUUUAGAACAGGAUUUCCCAUUUUCAUUCAUUAUUGCUGGCCUCGUUCUUAUUUUAUUUCCUGACUUUGGCACCUCUGACUGUUGAAGUCAUCUGGCUCGCGCUUCGCCUACUCUUCACUUUCCGUUGAAUUUGUCCUUGGCUUUCUCUCAGUUUCUCCCACAUGCGCGGUGAUUGGGUAUCACGGCGCCUCUAUGGUACUUAGACCGUGGAUAAGUGGAUAUGAAGGGUUUGAACAUCUUCUUGACGGGGUUUGCAGCCCUUGUUUCAGCAGCGCAAGCAGAGAGGAUAUAUGUACCUGAAUGCACGAUCGAGUGUACGAAACUGGCAAUAUCUGAACUAUGCGCGCCAACUGACGUGAAGUGUUUGGAUACCUGCACAAACCACCAGCUGGAUGCUAAGAUCGCACCAUGCGUGGAACGGACAUGUACAGUUAGAGAAUCGUUGACAACGAAGAGGAUCUCUGAUUUAAAAUGCGGACGCCCAAUCCGGGACCGUACUAAGUUGAUAUCGGUUACGGGUGUGGUUGGGGGAGGCCUCGCGCUGUUGGCCUUCAGUUUGCGGAUGAUGGCAAGGUUGCCUUUUUUCAACGGUGGGCCAUUUGGCAUGGACGAUGCGAUGAUAAUAAUAGCGAUGAUGUUCACAGUCCCCUUCACCGUGUUCUCAGUAUUUAUCGCAAAUGCUGGCCUUGGGAAAGACAUAUGGCAUGUUGAUUUCGACGACAUCACAAAAGUUCUUUACAUAUACUUUUGGGAUGAGUGGAUUUAUUUUUCAGCUCUCACCGCGACAAAGAUAUCCCUCCACUUCUUCUAUCUUCGAAUAUUCCCAAAAAAAAGUUUCAGGAUAGCCAUCUAUGUCGUCAUGGGCCUGACACUGGCAUACGGGUUCGUCUUCAUCAUCGUGUCGGUGUUCCAAUGCUCACCGAUAAAACUUGCCUGGCUCCGGUGGGAUGGCACUACCCCGGGCCACUGCAAUAAUAUCAACCUGCAGGGCUGGACAAGCGCGGCGUUUAAUAUUGUCUUGGACCUACUUACUCUAGUUCUUCCCUUAAGGGAGUUAUCGAAAAUGGACCUUUGGCGCAGGAAGAAGAUCCACAUAUGCAUCAUGUUCAGCGUCGGUUCUUUCGUCACUAUCGUCAGCAUUCUCCGCCUCCAUACUCUUCUUGAAUUUGCCAAAUCGCACAAUUUCACUUGGGACUACGUCGAAAUGGGAUAUUGGAGUACAAUUGAAAUCCAUGUGGGCAUAAUCUGCGCAUGCAUGCCAGCAAUGCGAUCCCUCCUCCGAAGACUAUUUCCCAGCUUCUUCUCCUACACUCAGCAUCAGAAAUCUGGCACGUUCGGUAAUAGCUCAUCGCAUGAAGAGUCCGCAAUACGCAACUCGCAACGAACGCCUCAAAAGCCCGGGUUUCACGAUUCGGACUCAUUGCCUCUGGUCGAUGUCUAUAAUGCUCGACUCCAGUACAGCUACUUCAAUCCUAAGUAGGAUCCGGCUGCCAGUCUAUCUGGUUGCUCCGCCUGUUUGCCGAAAUAUAAUUCUGCCUAUCUUUUUAAGCCAUGCCGUGUUCCAUUCUAUUUCUGUCGCUACCGUUUUAGACUUGUGAUAAUCGCCCUUUCGUUUUCUCAUCUACUUAUUGAUCUUGAAGAUCCCUGAUACUAAAUUUACGCUCGCUAGAGUCAUACAGUGGGCAAGACCCAUUGUUCUUUCGUUUCUCUCUCAAUCUUCCCAUUUUCCCUAUUUGUAUGAUUUGCUAGGCUUUUCAGUUGAGAGUAAUAUUAUUGGAGGCACAGAAAAGGGGGCUUUCAUUCCUGCAGAAUAUCCUGGUUCAACCACUUCAAAAAAAAUACACAUAAGCAUCCUGCGUAAUCACAUUUAAACGCUACCAACAAAGGGGAACAUGGCUCUAAGUGGAGCCUCCGUUUCCACUAUUCCCUCCCACACGGCACACGGCUUGGGGUUGCUCGUUCGGAGCCUCCGAGGCAGGUUGGACGAGACGAAGUUAAGCAUUUGUCCCAUUUUGGAAUCAUGGUCAACGGACCAUUGUGUACUCUCACCACAGCUAAAAUACGGUCUCGCGACAAUAAUCAAUUAUCGCCUCCUCUCAUACUCCCUAUGACAUAUAGUUAUAUACUCUAACUAGUAAAAUUGAAGUUUGCGCAGUAUACG